AUGCCUGUUCGCUUCUGCACCUUAUUCGUUUCGCUCGAACGGCAGUGCUCAUUGCCUCUACACUCGCGAAACUUUUCAACCCUGUCAGUACCGGCAAUGACGACUGCUUCGACCUCAACCAACGACCACGCCGCGACGGCCCCGCAAUUGCCCCCGAUGCAACUCUCCGGCGCCCUAGACACGACGGCGUGUACCACUUACGAUGGCGCUUUGUUCCGAUGUCGUGUCUGUCAUGACACCAACAAGUAAAGAUGAGUCUGAACUAUGGUGUGGGUCUCAACGCGUGGUAGGAGGCGGGUCUGGUCUUCGACGGUUGCCUGCCGCGCACGCAUAUUGGCAGGACGCGCGCUGUUCCUAUGUGCUCCUUAUCAAUGGUCGCCCCGAUGACGGCCUCGACCAUCGUCCGAGGCGCACAGUUGCCUUCGGAGAUGUUUGACCGCCACUCGGAGUCCGUUGCGAUGCGGACCUGUGACUCGAACUGGUACAUCAUGCGGAAAUACGACUUGAUGGUUCGUUCUUUGUGGUGGUCGGGAUUCAAGGUCUCGAAGAUAAAGGGUGUCGGACCUCUCGACCAGUCGAUCAUGGCUCACGCGCUCGCGUCUCGGCUGCCCUCAACGUGCCCUCGAAGUGGGCUGAGCUCGCGGCCGAGCAACAGUCAUCGUAGGCCCGGGCGAUGGAGCGCCCGGUGGACGAUCUCAUCCAGGCGCGUGGCCGCAUUCAAGCCAUGGAGGCCGCAACGCUGGGGGACGAGGAUUGGAAGCCGAUUCUUCCUCUCCUCAAACCUGUAGUGGUGCGCCUGCAGCGGUAGUCGUAACUUCGGUGGUUCCGCUCAGCGCUGCGGCUGCCGCGAGCGGCAGCCUGCACCAGCGUUCGUGAACACGCGUGUUCUUUCUGUAAAGGCCAGCACGAGGCUUAUACCCACGUCGGGUCCGCAUGACCCAGUUGGCGCGUCUGUAUCACCAACCUUUCCCUCUUCUCGUGUCGUGCCGUCACUUCCGCCUCAUGUCCGCGUACGUGUAGAUGCCUGGUCCCGACGGGCCCUGUGCCCCUUUCUGAGGUCGUUACCUCUCAGGCAUCGCGUCGCGUGCCUCCGUUCUCUGGUUCAGGGGUCGAAUCCCCCGCCGUUCGCGCCUCCUCACGUCCGCACCCGCUAACCGCUGCUCCGGCGGACUCUCCGAGCAUCACCGAACUGCCCAUCCACGGGGUGGGCAGGGCUCCACUCGAACCCGUCUUUCUCGACUCCGUCUCCGAUUCUCGCUCCCGGCUCGCCUCGAAUUUGGUCCUCACCGCACGGUAAAUACUCGUUUCCCGAACGAUUCGAACCGCUUCUGCGGCCCUUUGUGAGGUCGUUACCUCUCGGGCAUCGCGUCGCGUGCCUCCGUUCUCUCGUUCAGGGGUCGAAUCCCUCGCCGUUCGCGCUUCCUCACGUCCGCACCCGCUAACCGAAAGGAGAUGUCCCGUUCGUGUCUUCAAUGCCCGCGCCGGGCUCGUCGCCAGCGCCCGAAACUUCCGCUCGCAUGCGAAUCAUGGCUCGCGAAGUCGACUAGUUCCAUGAUGCGAUGUACAAGAUUGUUACGCCGCUCGAUGCUGGUGCGUUCGAAGCCAAAAUUAAGGCACUCGCAAAGGUCCCGCACGUCGCGCCGUACCUGGCCGCUAUACCGAAGCAGAUCCGAGAGGGCUUUGAUUUCGGCAUCAAGGACCCUCCGUCGGAGCGUCACAUCGCGAAGAACGCACCGCUCAGUGAGGAGCAACAACUGGUCAUGGACGGCGAGAUGGAGCGCAUGCUCGAUCUCGGGUACAUCGCGGGCCCGUACGACAAGGACGAGCUCGAGGCCGCGGUCGGUCCUUUCCGCACGAAUCCGAUCAGCUAUGUGCCGAAGUCAGUAGCGCCCGGAAUGCCGGUCUUACCCGAAGGCGAAACCGAUCGUUCGAACCACAGACCCUGAUGAAGCGAAUCAUCCGUCGACGAGCGGGCAUGGACCGUCGCAACGGAAUGCUUCGUCUAGCCGUCCGAAACUCGUUUCCAUUAAUGACGACCUGAAAUCUGCGGAUUUCCCUUGCCGUUGGACGACCUUGCCCAUGUUGUACCGCAAGUUUCGCGAGCUUCCCUUGACGGCGGAAGUCUGCGGUUGGGAUUUCGCCGAUGCGUUCUACCAGCUCCCUUUGCGAUGGGACCAGCGAUCGAGCAUGUGCAUCUUGUGGCGCGGCCUCAUCUUCGUACGACGAGUCCCAUGCUUCGGUGGCAGGACUACUCCCGGUGUCUUUGGGAACGUUGCGGACCUGACCCAAGACUUGGUCGAAUGGGGAUGCCAUAUCGCAAGAAGCCAUUCUUCAUUUCGUACGAUCCCUCGGCUGGCGCCUCGCGGAGCAGAAAGGAUUCACGUGGACGUGUCAGUUUUUCCACGUCGGGAUUGACUGGGAUUUGGUUCUAAUGACUGCGAGGGUCACCGAUCAGAAGCGGAUGCGCUACAUCGACGCCUUGGUGAAAGGUAGCUGCGCCGAUCAGAAGGAACGCUCGGAGGUCGAGUCGGUCACUGGGUCGUUGGGGUAUGUCGCCUACAUCCUACCUGCAUUACGGACCCAUCUCAACUGUCUAUACAGACAGUGUAUCGCGCACGGGGACCGGAAGGCGGUAUCGCGGGCGCGUCGCCUGGACCGUCGCACGUACGAUCAACUCGAAUACUGGAGAAGGUCCCUCUCGUCGGAAGGCCCAUUCUCCACGUCGUUCGAGGCCCUCCCGAUCCCAUCGAAGCUUGCGCUAGCGUGGGAUGCCUGUAUGCACGGACUAGGCAUCGUCAUCAACGGAUACUCCGCGUACUUCGCUCUCCCCGAGGGGUGGACGGAUCUGCCACCGCCUCGACACUCGGUCUCGAUCACGGACGCAGAGGCGUGGGCGGUCGAGGCGCUGGCCGAGGCUGCGUUACGAAUGUCUAAAGACGAUAGACAUUUCGUUCUACAAUGCGACAACACCGGGGUUGUGCUUGGAUGGAGGAAAGGGCAUUCGAUGAAUCCCUUGUUGAACUCGUCGCUUUCAAACCUGCGCAGCCUUGAGGAAACUCGAGGUGUGAAGUGGUCGAUUUAA